CUGUCCAGUUUGCCGGUACUGUCAGACGCCAGAGGAAACGCCAGACCAACGAUGCUUGUUAUGCGGGUCAGCUGAUUCCUUGUGGAUCUGCCUUAUAUGUGGACAUGUUGGAUGUGGGCGUUAUGUAGGAGGACAUGCUCACAGACACUUCAUGGAGACCAAUCACCUCUUUUCGCUGCAAGUGGGCAACAACAGAGUGUGGGACUAUGUAAGAGAUAACUAUGUGCAUCGCUUAUUACAAAGUGAAGGUGAUGGCAAGGUUGUAUCAUAUGAGCGGACAUCACCUGUGUCUGAUACAAAGGAGGAGUUAGUUCAAGGGGAAGAAAAGUUGACGGCACUGCAGCUUGAAUACACACACCUCCUCUCCUCGCAGCUGGAGUCACAAAGACAAUAUUUUGAAAACAAGAUAACAGAAGCACAAGCAGAGGCGUGGCAUGAGGCAGAAGAAUCAAAAGAAGCUGUAAAGAAACUCAGUGAAGAAAUGCAGGAAAUCAAACAAGAGUUGGCUUUUGUUACACGUGAGAAAGUUACACUUGAUAAGAAGAUCAACCAGCUGAAUAGUAAAUUGGCAAAGGUGUCCAAAGAUCUGGAGACAGAGCAGGAGCUGAACCUGUCCAUGCGUCAAGGCAAACAAGAAUGGGUGUCCAAGGUCGUGAAGCUGGAAAGUGUGGUCAAACAGAAGGAUCAGAAAAUAGCUGAAUUGGAGUCACAAGUGAGUGAUGUGAUGGCCCAUCUGGAGGCCCUGUCCACAGUCAACUGCAAUCCAGAGCUCCAGGGUGGCCAAGUCUAUAUCCCAAACGAGAACUCGAAGCCACAAGGGGCAAGACGGAAACAUCGGAAGUAAAUAAGAUGAGAGGUUUCCAGUGUGUGGUGACUUUGGAUUUUUUUUAGGGGGUUGGGGGCAGCUUGUUAAGAUGUCCAGGCUUAUUGUGCAAAAAGACUUGCUGUAAGACCUUUUUUUUCUUUGUUUUCCUUACCAGUUUUUCAUUUUCUUUUUCUUUUUUGUCAUGAAACUGUGAAGAAGUUGAAAGAUUCUGUUAUACUAGUCAGUAUUUUCAGUAAUUAAUAGAUCAUAUCUGUAUGAGUACAAUUAUACGUGGAAUUAUUUAGGUUGUGUGGUAAUUAUAUAUAUACAAAAUAUUUGUUACUUACGUGAAUAUGAGAUUUAAAUGUUUAGAACAAGGAAAUAGGUACCUUAGAUUUGUGUUCUGACUGAUAUCUCAAGUUAAAUUUUAUCUCAAUAUAGGUUAAAAAAAAAUUGAAAUGUUAUGUUUAUGUACAUGGAUAUUGUAAAUAUAUCUUGCAUAUUUUCCCUUUAGCAUAUCAUUAUAAUCACCAAUUGGGAAUUGUAAAUAUAACUUUUCCCACUUAUUUUUUUCUUCAAUAAUAUCAUUAUCAUAACUGAUAUGUUAUUUCAAAUUACAAAGAAAUUAAUAAAAACUAUUUUUAUGGUCUCACAUUUUUCACUUUCCUCUCUUGAUGUUAUAUUAUAAUAUUAUAAUACAAUAAUGAAUAGUAAAAACUAAAAGACUUUUAAUUAAACCCUCAUAUAAUAUUUUUGCCUACACAAUAUAAUCAAUAAAUAAUUAAUUAAGUUUUGAGGCAGAAAGUAUUAUAUGAAUGGUAACCUACUGUUUCUGCAUAUCUGAUAUGACAUUUUUAUAUUUUCAAAGGAAGGAAGAUGCAGUUAUUGUUAAUCUAAUUACAGAAUCUUUAAUAAGUCAUUUUAUUUUACUGUUACAAUUGACCUGUACAGAUAAGCUGAGCCCAU